CGCGGGUCGGGGUCCGGAGGCGCCGCGCUGCAGUGCUACUGUUAGUUGAAGCUUUAGCCUUUUGCUGAGAGGUCCGGAGGCAGACCCCUGCGUGUAACCAAUGGCAGCACAGUGUGUGACAAAGGUGGAGCUGACUAUUUCUUGCACCAAUCUCUUGGAUAAAGAUGUUGGUUCCAAGUCAGACCCUCUGUGUGUGCUUCUCCAGAACUCAAGUGGUCAGCAGUGGUAUGAGGUUGAUCGUACAGAAAGAGUUAAGAAUUCCUUGAACCCAAGGUUUGCCAAGAAAUUCUUAAUUGAUUAUUAUUUUGAGCUUGUACAGAAACUUAAAUUUGGAAUAUAUGACAUUGAUAACAAAACCUAUGAUCUGAGUGAUGAUGACUUCUUAGGAGAAUUUGAGUGUACUCUGGGACAGAUAGUUUCUAGCAGGAGUCUAACAAAACCGUUAGUACUUAAAAAUGGCAAACCUGCUGGAAGAGGAAGCAUUACGAUUACAGCAGAAGAAGUAAAGGAUAACAGGGUGGUUGUAUUCGAAAUAGAAGCAAGGAAACUGGACAAUAAGGAUUUUUUUGGAAAGUCAGAUCCUUAUCUGGAAUUCCACAAGCAGACUGGAGAUGGAAACUGGGUGAUGGUUCACAGAACAGAGGUUAUUAAAAACAACCUGAAUCCUGUUUGGAGGCCCUUUAAAAUCUCUCUCAAUUCUCUGUGUUACAGUGACAUGGAUAAGUCAAUCAAGGUUGAAUGCUAUGACUAUGAUAGUGAUGGGUCUCAUGAUCUCAUAGGAAGUUUUCAAACGACAAUGUCAAAGCUGAAGGAAGCAUCUCGGUCGUCACCUAUUGAGUUUGAGUGCAUCAAUGAAAAGAAAAGACAGAAGAAAAAGAACUAUAAAAACUCUGGCAUUGUGAGCGUUAAGCAUUGUGAGAUCAUUGUAGAAUGCACAUUCCUUGAUUACAUCAUGGGUGGAUGUCAGCUGAAUUUUACUGUGGGGAUAGAUUUUACAGGCUCCAAUGGAGACCCUCGCUCUCCGGACUCUCUGCAUUACCUCAGCCCUAAUGGAGUUAAUGAAUACCUAACAGCCAUUUGGUCUGUCGGGAUGGUCAUUCAGGAUUAUGAUACAGAUAAGAUGUUUCCAGCCUUUGGAUUUGGUGCACAAAUUCCUCCAUCCUUUCAGGUAUCUCAUGAGUUCCCAAUAAAUUUUAACCCGUCAAACCCAUUCUGUAAUGGGAUCCAAGGCAUUGUUGAUGCAUAUCGAGCAUGUCUUCCUCAAGUGAAGUUAUAUGGACCAACAAAUUUUUCUCCAAUUAUAAAUCAUGUGGCAAGAUUUGCUGCUGCAGCUACUCAACAGCAAACAGCAUCUCAAUACUUCAUACUUCUGAUCAUAACGGAUGGUGUGAUAACCGACCUUGAUCAAACUCGAUCUGCCAUAGUUAAUGCUUCGAAAUUGCCCAUGUCCAUUAUCAUUGUUGGUGUUGGAGGAGCAGACUUUGAUGCAAUGGAAUUUCUUGAUGGUGAUGAUGGAGUUCUUAGGUCCCCGUCAGGAGAACCAGCUGUCAGAGACAUUGUCCAAUUUGUGCCAUUCAGGAAGUUCCAAAAUUCUCCCAAAGAAGCUCUGGCUCAGUGUGUCCUGGCAGAAGUCCCUCAGCAAGUGGUGAACUACUUCAGCACCUACAAACUUCAGCCUCCUAAGAAUCCUGCUGCAAAAUGAAUGGGCUGAGCAGAGGAGAGACUUUGUGCUUGCUUUACUUGCUGUUUCUACAGACUUUGGUUUUCAAAAUACUUCUGUAAACAUCUACACAUGUCUCUGUAUCAUAAUGUCUGUUAGCUUUUGCCUUCAGAUCACUUUGCCAAGUGUGCCUUUAAAGGGCCAAAACUGUAUUGGUGUUUAGGUUUGAUGUUGAUUUGAGAGCUAGUGCUUGCAUGGAUUAAUUUGAUUUUGAAAAGAAUGGAAAAAAGAGUUUCUAUUAAGCCACCAUAACAAAAUUUUGACACAGGUGUUUCAUAUUCAAACAAGUGCCACAGAGUAUAAAGGCCCUCCUUGCACAGCUGCUUCUUCUUUGCCACUUUAGUGCCUUUGGGCAAUGCCUGGGAUUCGGGCUGUGGGAAUAUAAGCCAAAGAAGUCAUUAAAGUAUAUAUUCUUUUAUAGUAUGCCUUCUCUUAAAGUAGUGUGGGAAUAACUAGGGUGAAUUAAGGUAAACCUCUAGCAUCUCAGAAUACUUCUGGCCUUUGAGGUUACCACUAUAAGAGCUGUAAGAUUUGUUCCAAUGUGCAGUGUACUGGAAAAUGGAAAUUCCAGAUUUAUUUUGGUUGGGGUUUUGUUUUGGGGUUAAUUCCCCCAUAAAACAGUCAUGAUUAUUGAUCUUUAAAGGGCUUUUUGUGAAGUAGGAAUUCAGAUCAUAGUUUAAAAGUUUUCCCUGAUUUGCAACUGCAUAUUUUGAGGUAAAGUCUAUAAUCAUGCUGCAUACUAGGGUAAAUAAUUUCUGGUUUAUUUACUUGGGUUGAGUGUUCCCUUCACUUUUUAUAGCUUUUACCUGUAUACCUUUUACAUGAAUGUAAAUCAUGUGUUUGCUUAGUGGACAAAUGAAGGUUUCUUGACCCCCAGCUGCAUACUGCUUGCUGAAGAUCUCUUCUGAUCCUGUCACUGUGUGUAACAUAAGUGGAUUGAAAGGUCACAUUCAUCACUUCUGAAAUGUCAAUCUUGAACAUUAAUUUUGCAGUUUCACAUUUGAAGUGGUUUAGACAUCCAGCUUAUCUCAUGUGGAUGGUCUGGCUGUAGUAUGUAAGAACAGAAUGGGCUAAUGCUAAAUUUAGCACACUUGGACACUCAACAUUUCACCAGGUCGUAGUGUAUUUGACUUUUAGUUGCUGGAGCUGCUUAGUGGGCUUUUUGUUUUUUUUACCAUUUAUAAUUCUGUUGAAAGUCUGAAUUCAUAUUAACAUUGAUGGAUGAAAGAUAUAUCUAUAGAGAUUAUCUUACACAAGACAUACUGAAUGUUUUGUAGACAGUUGACAUUUAUCAAUCAAUCAUGAAUGGAUAUAUUACCUCCAUUCCAUUUUUCUUGGUGGAAGGGGAUCCUAAAUACUAUGAAGUAGUGGAAGGAUAACGAAAAGUUUCUUUCAUGUUAAGCCAAGCUCUUUCUUUUUUUAAAAUGUAAUUCAUAUAUUUAUGUAAAAAAAAACCCUCUAAUCAUCUUUUUAUCAGUGUAGUGAAAAUCUGUUGCUACUUAUAAAUUACGAUGGAGUGUCAUGAGAUAUGCAACUCAAAAUAUUGAGAUCAAGGGAGUUACUAUAAUAAAUCUAAAUCACACUGCUGCAAGUUGAGAGUGUAUGAUUUUGGAAAAUUGUUUCACAGCUACCUGCUUCAUGUAAAGAGAGAACUGGAUGCAGUAUUAAUGAUUUAAUUAUACAUUAAUUACAUUAAUUGUAGUGGAUGAGUACUACUGAUAGGAGUACAGGAUACUACUGAAAUUCCUCUGAGCUGUCUGCCAAAAAUAUAAUGCUGCACCUGAGUUGUGUUACCAAUCCUGUUUUAAGUUGCCAUGGAAUUGCAUUAUUAUAUGCUACUAUAUAUGUAGUUUUAUGCUAAGUAUCUCCUGCAUGUAAAAUAAAACAUGUUGUUUUGUCUGUAUUCUAUACAUAAAUUCUGAGUUUCUGCAGUAGAGACUUCAUUAUCUCUUAUUAGAGAAUUGCUCCCAUGUUCCUCAAGCUUAGGGAGUUAAAUAGCAUAUCAAUGACAUCUAGUUCUCAAUGUGCUAUAUUCUUUGUAAAUUAAAUGUUUCAGACAGGACUUUGGCAAGAACUUGUAUAACAGAGGUGUACAGCUAAUGGCUGUUGAAAACUUCAGGGUAAGUUGAAGUGAUAUUCUCAGUGAAGAAAUGCAGAAGAUUGUGAGUCAAGGGGGAGGAAAGUUACUGUGUUAUUUUGCCAAUUUUUGUUUAUUUUUACGUGUAAAAAUGCAUUAAUAGCAUGAGGGUGACAAAGCAAAAUAUUGUCAAAGUUCUGUAAAGUGAAUGUGCUCGUAAGUCACUGGCACCACCUUGUGAUAAAAGGGAUGUAUGGCAGUCUUUGUCAUCAGAUGCUUUUCGCCGUGUAUUAGUGAUAAUAUAUUCAUAUGUACAGCAGAGAGAUCACCUGUAACCAGAAUUUUGUACUUUUAUAUGCAUUUCAGUUCUGAUGAAGUUAACUGAUUUAUGAUGCCUGUGCAUUAAAAUGAUCAUUUCAGUA